AUGGCACGAAGACCAGCGCGUUGUUACAGAUACUGCAAGAACAAGCCGUAUCCUAAGUCCAGAUUCAACCGUGGUGUCCCAGACCCAAAGAUCCGUAUCUUCGAUCUCGGCCGAAAGCGUGCGAACGUUGACGAAUUCCCUCUCUGCAUCCAUUUGGUUUCCAAUGAGUUGGAGCAACUGAGUUCCGAGGCUCUUGAGGCCGCCCGUAUUUGCGCAAACAAAUACAUGGUCAAGACUGCCGGAAAGGAAUCCUUCCAUCUCCGUGUUCGCGCUCACCCAUACCACGUCGUCCGUAUCAACAAGAUGUUGUCUUGUGCCGGUGCUGAUAGACUUCAAACUGGAAUGCGUGGUGCUUGGGGAAAGCCAAACGGAACCGUCGCUCGUGUCAGCAUCGGUCAGAUCAUCUUGUCCAUCAGAACUCGUGAUUCCCACCGUGCCACCGCUCUCGAGGCUCUCCGAAGAUCCCAAUACAAGUUCCCAGGUCGUCAAAAGAUUAUCGUUUCCAAGAACUGGGGCUUCACCCCUCUCCGUCGCGAGGAGUAUAUGGAGAAGAAGGCUUCAGGAAAGGUUUUGGUCGAUGGUGCAUAUGUCCAGUUCUUGAGCAACCACGGAAAGUUGGCCGAUAACAUCAGACGUUUCCCAGCUGCUUUCCAGGAGGCUUAG